ACGGAAAUCACACGACAAAGCAUAUAAUCACACCAGGUUGACGAUGGCGGCAGAGGUCGCACCACUUCCGCAGUUGAAGCUUCCUUCGGGGCCUUCUCAAAUUACUGCAGAACAGCGAUAUUGGAAGUCGUUUAAAAAUCAACUUGUGAUCCCGUCGCCGACGCAAUACCCCAUCACUCACAUCACCGUUCCUGCAACCAAUCCCGCCGCCAUUGGAUCUUCCAAUAAUGAUUAUUUCGCUGUGACAACUGGCACCCGCGUCCAGAUCUACUCGAUAAGAACGAGGAAGCUGGUCAAGACCAUCACCCGUUUCGGAGACAUUGCGCGGAGCGGAGACGUGCGGCGGGAUGGUCGUAUAUUGGUAGCUGGAGACGAUACGGGCAAGAUUCAAGUCUUCGAUGUCGGGUCGCGAGCCAUCCUCAAGACAUGGGCCCAGCAUAAGCAGCCGGUAUGGACAACGAAAUUCUCCCCGGCCGAUCUUACCACCCUCAUGAGCACGAGCGACGAUAAAACGGUCAGAUUAUGGGAUCUACCUAGCCAGGAGAGCACUUCCACCUUUGUAGGCCAUGCCGAUUAUGUGCGCAGCGGUAGCUUCAUGCCCGGAACCAUGUCAAACAUGCUCGUGUCUGGUAGUUACGAUUCCACCGUCAAACUCUGGGAUCCCCGAACACCAGGCACCGCCGUCAUGACCUUUAAGCACGCCGCGCCUAUCGAAGACGUGCUACCUCUACCUUCCGGGACUACCGUUCUCGCGUCUUCCGAGAACCAGAUCUCCGUCCUCGACCUCGUGGCUGCGAAACCGCAGCAUAUAAUAGCUAAUCACCAGAAGACCGUCACGUCGCUAUCUCUCGCCUCGAACGGCCGCCGCUUGGUAUCCGGAGGACUGGACGGCCACGUCAAGAUCUUCGAGACGACGGGGUGGAACGUCGUGGCUGGCGCCAAGUAUCCCUCGCCCAUCCUCGCCGUCAGGGUCAUCACCGCCGGCGCUAACAACGAUGACCGACACCUGGCGGUCGGCAUGCAGUCCGGCGUGCUGUCGCUGCGCACGCGGCUCACGGGGCCCGAAGCCACGCGCGAGCGCGAGCGCGAGAAGGAGAUGGCCGCGCUGCUGUCGGGGACCAUCGACGCGCACGACAAGGCGAAGAGCAAGCGGAAGCGGCGCCACGGCGCCGCCAAGCACCUGGACAUGGUCGGGGAGGGCGCGGACGUCGUCAUCGCCAAUGACCUGUCGCGGCCGAAGCGCGAGACCCCCUGGCAGAAGGACCUGCGGCACGGGCGGUUCGCGGCCGCCUUGGACCGGGUGCUGGACCGCAGCGCCAAGGACCACAGCCCGCUGACGGUGCUCACGCUGCUCGUCGCGCUGCGCCACCGCUCCGCGCUGCGCGAGGCCCUCGAGGGCCGCGACGAGGCCACCGUCCAGCCCGUCCUCCGCUGGGUGCAGACGCACGUCGUCGACCCGCGCUACGUCGGCGUGUGCACCGACGUCGCCCUGCACCUCCUCGACCUGUACGCCGAGUUCGUCGGCGGCAGCGCCGAGCUCCAGGCCGCCUUCAAGACGCUGCACCGCCGGGUCCGGCUUGAGGUCGAGAGGGCCCAGGUCGCGACCCAGACGAGCGGCAUGUUGGGCACUUUGUUGGUGAGCAGCUUGGAUUAAUAAUACCUUGUGCUGGGUACCUACCUAAGGUACCUACCUACCUCCCUUCUAUUCGUAGGGCUCAGUGCUCCCUCCAAUGUGGAAGAGGGAACAGACCGGUUGGAGAGAAAGAAGGUGGGGGUUAAAAAAGGGGGGAGGGGUAGUAGUAGCCCUGAGACGGUUGUGCUUUUUUUUAGCAUGGCGAUGGCGUUUUCGGGUCGGAAAACUUGAGGGUAUUUUAUAUGUUUCUUCGAUCGGUAAGGCCAGGCCUUUUUCAGGAUCGGACUUGACUGGUUGAUUGAUUGAUCGAUAUCUGGGUACGAACGAAGCUCGCCGCUGGGCGUUGUAAACAUUUGCGUAGUACAAGCAAAAAGAAAUAUAGCCUCACAUUACUGGUUCUAUAC